AAUUACUCUCAAUAAUAGUCUAAUUUUCAUACUAAUAAAGAGUAUCAAGCCAAUAAACGUAAAAUUUGUGUUAGGAGAGGACAAUCAUUCUCCUCCCCAAUAAUAUAGCCGGAUCAAUCCAAUCGCUUUGUCAUGUGACAUGAAGUAUUGCGGGAUUGAAAUUAAGAGGGCAUAUUAUAGCAUGAAAAGCGUUUCCUGAUUUGUCUUAUAAAAUGAAACCUGAUGAACUGCAAUCGGAAGAAAAAGUCACAGGAGACGUCAUAGGAGAUACCGCCUAUAGUGAACGGUUUGUUUUAAAGAUUUUGUUAAAAUUGGCCAACCUCGACACGCUUAAAGACGAAAUACUCGAUCAGGCUUUUGAAGAAGACUUGUGCACCCUUUGGGACAUGACAGCAGAAAGAGAUGUGGUUCUAUUUCUUCUACAGCAUGAUGUUCUUAAUCUCCUUAGUUUUGCUUGGCCUAUCAUUGAAACACCACGCAUUGCAGAAAUUGUGGUUGGCAUGAUUGCAAAUAUGUGCUGCCAAAAGGAAGCUGUGAUAAAACUACUUAAACUUGUGCCAUUUGUGAAAUCUCUCAUAGAAUGUAUCAAAGGCAAUGAUAGUUUAAUCCUAAUUCAAUUAUUGCGUCUCAUAAACUCAAGUCUUUUCCUUGCAAGUAGCGAUAACAUUCAAAUUUGGUUAAGAUUAUUUAUAGAAGUUGGCUACUCUAAGCAUUUAUAUUUCAUUCUAAAGAACUCUUCACAGAAGGACCUACUUAUUAAUGCAUUAGAAAAUUUAAAUACUAUUUGCACAUAUUGUAAUAUAGAAGAACUGUGGUCAGAUUUCUUUGGACAUUUUGUAAGUGUUGAAGCUCUGGAAAGUGUAAUCAUAGGAUAUAUUGAGAUUACUGAAACACAUAGAGAUUUAUGUGAGAAGGAACAAUUUGAACGGAUACUGCUUAUAAGUAUACAAAUAAUUUUGAACCUAGUUGGUUUCGACAAGUCUGUUUCUAUUUUUAAUAACAACAAAAAUGAUGCACUAAAAAUGAUAACAAUUACAUUCCAAUAUUAUGAAAACAAACUUGUCAACUGCAAGGAAAUUGAUAUGGAUCUUGUGGACAUAGUUGGUUCUACAAUUUCUGUUAUUAAUGCUUUGAAAAUAAUCGAAAUAAGUGAGCUUGAUGACUAUUUCAUGCAAAGCUAUAAAAUGUGGAAAACUUUACACUACAUGGUUGAUGGUCAGCAAGUCACUGAAAAUGAUCAUGAAGAUUUGGUUAAUGUUUCUAAAGAACUUCAAACUUCAUUAAGUACUUUAAUGUUUGUGUAUAUGGAAAAAUGUAAUGAAGACAAUUUACUUAAGGCUUUAGAUGAAAUGAAUCAUGACUUUGAUGAUGUCGCAUCAUUUAUUGAAAAUAAAUGUAUUUUAAAUUUAGUCACAGAAAGAGUUUCUACUUAUCAAACAAGGUUAAAGGAAAUUGUUGAUUGUUAACUAAAAUUUUGAAACCCAGCCCAACCAUGUUUUUGUUAACUGUUCCAAAUACUUCCUGGACACUUUUUCUAAAUAUAAUUAU